ACCCCCUCCCCUCACCAGACACUACCCCGGUGUGGUGACUGUUGAGUGGUUCAGUGUAACAGACAGCAAGACACUACCCACAUCUACCUCUCCAGCAGCGUGACUACAUCCACACAUCCACACCAUGGCAGAAGAGUCGUUCUUCUCGUACGGCCAGACAAGUGGUGCGUCACCUGGCCAUGAAGGAUGCCUUCCUCAACAACGGCUUUAUCCUGGUUAGGAACAUGUUGACCAAGGAGGAGGUGGAGAAGGUGCGGCGUGUGGUGACCGGCAGUGAGGGCGUCAUGCGUUAUGCGUUUGGUCGCCACGAUGGCAUCAGCAGGAAGACUAUGCAAUGUUUAUGGAACCACCCGGGACAUGACCUGAGCGGCGCACUGGCUAGGAUCAAGAGAGUAGCUGGUACUAUGGAGGAGCUGAUGGGAGGAGACGAGAUGUAUCACUACCACAGUAAAGUUACCAUGAAAGAUGCCAACACCGGGGGCGCCUUCGUCUGGCACCAGGACUAUGGAUAUUGGUACAAGAACGGCAACUUAUUUCCGGAUAUGGGGACGGUGUUCAUACCUAUUGACGACUGCACGCGAGAACGGUUGUCUCCAGGUACUACGGGGGUCUCACAGGAUGGGACGCCUCGAUCACGUCACCAUCGGCCAGCAACUGAGGCCGACCCCGAGAGAGUGGAACAGGCCAGAAGGUACUGGAACACAUGUACGUGGAGAUGAAGGCCGGGGACAUGCUGUUCUUCCACUGCUGUCUCCCUUCACACCUCCGACCAGAACUCCUCCGACAGGCGCCGUUGGGUCUUCAUCUCCUGCUACAACAAGAGGUCCAACAAUCCUUACAUGGAGCACCACCACCCACAGUACACGCCCAUGACCAAAGGUACUGUCCUCUGUACACGCCCAUGACCAAGCUACCAGAUUCAGCCUUAUUGGAGUGUGAGGAGACGGAGAAUUUGGAGGGUAAGUGGUUCAUGAUCCCCGAGGAGGACCAUUCUGUUGAUCCCUCCAAGGUCCACUAAGAUCUUGCCAGGGUCCAUUGAGGCCUCCUGCAUGGUUCACUAAGGCCUUGCCAGGGUCUACUAUGGCCCUAUUGACAUCACCCCAUCACAACAUCACUCAAGGGUUCAACUGAGAAAAUCUACUGAAAUUUCACAAAGUUUGUCACCAAGAUUAAACCAAAGUCCCACUGAACUGAUCAUCAAUAGCCUACUGAAGUUAAGCAGAUCCGCUGAACUAUUACUACAAGGAUUAACAACACCAAAACCUACUGAAACCAUCAUUAAAAUCUACUAACUUUC